CGGGCCCCGCCCCAGCCCUGCGCCGCCGCCGCCGCUUCCAGCAGCCGCCGCCAUGAAGCUGACCGACAGCGUGCUGCGGAGUUUCCGCGUCGCCAAGGUGUUCCGCGAGAACUCGGACAAGAUUAACUGCUUCGACUUCAGCCCCAACGGCGAGACGGUCAUCUCGAGCAGCGACGACGAUUCCAUCGUGCUCUAUGACUGCCAGGAGGGCAAACCAAAGAGAACUCUGUACAGUAAGAAGUACGGCGUGGACCUCAUCAGAUAUACCCAUGCAGCAAACACAGUCGUUUACAGCUCUAACAAAAUAGACGAUACUAUUCGUUACCUGUCCUUGCAUGACAACAAAUACAUCAGAUACUUUCCUGGACAUAGCAAAAGGGUGGUGGCCUUGUCCAUGUCACCUGUGGAUGACACUUUCAUUUCUGGGUCUCUUGAUAAGACCAUUCGACUCUGGGAUCUCCGGUCUCCUAACUGCCAGGGUCUCAUGCAUCUACAAGGCAAACCUGUUUGUUCCUUUGAUCCAGAAGGGUUAAUUUUUGCUGCAGGUGUCAAUUCUGAAAUGGUCAAACUUUAUGACCUUCGCUCUUUUGAUAAGGGGCCAUUCGCGACCUUUAAGAUGCAGUACGAUCGGACUUGUGAGUGGACAGGACUCAAGUUCAGCAAUGAUGGUAAACUCAUCCUCAUCUCCACCAAUGGCAGCUUCAUCCGUCUCAUCGAUGCAUUCAAGGGAGUGGUGAUGCAUACCUUUGGGGGUUAUGCCAACAGCAAAGCUGUCACUCUGGAGGCCUCGUUUACUCCAGACUCCCAGUUUAUUAUGAUCGGUUCAGAGGAUGGCAAGAUCCAUGUCUGGAAUGGAGAGAGUGGUAUAAAAGUAGCUGUGUUGGAUGGCAAACACACAGGCCCCAUUACCUGUUUGCAGUUCAACCCCAAGUUCAUGACCUUUGCCAGUGCAUGUUCCAACAUGGCCUUCUGGUUGCCCACCAUUGAUGACUGACCUAGGUGCUGCUUGGCUGUUUGUGUACAGUGAGGGUGGCCAACAGGAAAGAACUCAGAGGGGACUGAGAUAAUGGAUUGGAUCAUUUACUAGGCUGGAGAGCAUCCUUCCACAUGGCCUUCCCAUGGAUGUGCUGUACAUCUGCUCAAAAGAAAGUACUUUGCCGAGCUUCUUCAAAAAGACUCUUGGUGUGGCAGGUUCUAUCAGGACUUAGAUUUUCCAGCUGUCACUGCACUGAACUCCUCCAAAGGAGUGACCAGAUUCAUGAUUAGGGUAUACUGGGGCCCUCAAGACGCCUUCAAUUUUGAAUGUAUUUGCUGCUGAAGAGCCGGUGAAGUUGUUAAUUCUGCACAUCCCUUUUCCCACCCCCAUAAAUGCAUGGGAAGCCACAGUUCUGGUUUUGAGAUGCUAAGGGCAGCUCAGCACCCCUUGCCCUCACCCUGCAUGUCUUGUUACUGGGUCUCCCUGUGUCAUUGUGGCAUUAUUCCACAGCCAUCAUGUUACUUAGGUGCCAAACAUUUUACAGAAAUAAGUCUUCAUAUAUCUUGGGGUAAGAAAGGGACAGAUUCAGAAAGAAGGACCUUGCUUGCCAGGAAGCCUUGUGAGUUAGUCAUCUGAGGGUGGGUGAUCUGGGCAUGCCUCAAAGCUCUUAGUAUUGGGUGGGAAAUGGCCCAAGAGCCUGAAAGGGAGGGAAGUAGGGGUUGCAGGUAGUUCCUAUGGCUGGGAGGUUUAGCGGUAGCCUUAUGUGAUCCCCAUCAUCAAGACAAACCUGCGGUCUUUCUGGGUGCCUGCCGAGCUUGGUUUUGUACAAAAGCAAGGUGGGAGUCUAUUUUUGUACAUGAGAUACAUCACGCUUUCCUGUGGGCCAGUAUUGUGGAGUGAGUCUGAGUUGUUUACACUGAUGCCUUCCCUGCCCACCACAAAUUGUGUACAGAGUCUCCAGAUGAUUCCACCCCUUUCCCAGCUCCUAAGCAAGAGCUGGCUCUAGGCCUGUGUUAUAUGUUAUAUUUAGCCUUUUUAUAUAAUGACAUGGGGUUUCUGUUGUUUGUAUUUUAGCACAGUGUGUACACCUUCAUUUAAAUAUAUCCGUGGGUGCAUACGUA